AUGACUUGUCGGAAAAUAUCUGGCGCGCGUGCAAAUCCAGAACAUGCAGAAAGUGAAAAAAUGCGACAAAGAGCAGACAGUUUUGGAACGGGCAUUGGUAAAGUAAGCGCAUUCGCUGGCCGCCGUGGUGGACGAUUUAUACCGAGCCAAGCGGAAGACUUGGCCGCAUGGGACUUUGGAACAUUGGGCCGAAGUGGAAGUAGUUCAAUGGCAUCGGUGGUCGACUCGAGCCAUUCGCGCACCAGUUCCUUCGGUCUCGCGGGUUCUACUGAGGAUGCCCGGAAAGCGAUAUUGGAAAAGGAAGCGGAAAAUCCUUUGGAAAAAGUGUGGUCUGAGGAGUUGAGCAAGUCAAAUGUUCAGCCAAUAGAUGAUGACGAAUAUGUAUUGUAUGAGCCAGAUUCUUCCACUGAAACUCUUGCAAGUGGAGCAAUGACUUCUACCACUAUAAUUAAGUCAACUCCACGCAUGAUUGGGACAAUAAUGGAGCAGAAUGCGUCCAGUGGAUCCAGUCGGUCUUCGUCUCCAGUGCUUUCCAAAGUAAAGAAGUCAACAGCAGAGGAUGAAGAGCCAGAAGCGGCUUCUCAGGUCACAGAAGAGUCCUUUUCGGCCAAGGAGGUAUUUUUAUUAUUAAUAACGAUAGAAAUAUGUCUUGCGCAAAUAUUCCUCGACAAAAUUCCGACAUGCAACCGCAAGCAACAACUGAAAGUGAACAUUCGGAAAGUGGUAUUCUGGGGGGCAGACGACAAACCACACAAGAACUCAGCUAUACAGCUGUGGGCUGGAGUCGACCUGACGCCAUGCAGAAGUCCGCAUCGCGAUAUACUCACCCUGACAAAAAAUCGAUCAUUAAAUCUGAAUAUGCGAUUAUAA